AUGCUUAUGCUAUUUUUGGAGGUUGAUGAUUAUAAGGGGAAGGAGGUUUUGCAGGAAUUGAAAAUUGGAUCUCCUUUCUCCUUAGUUACUAUAGUCAAAUGGAUUAAGUGGGAACCUCCUCCUGGAGGUAUGCUGAAGAUGAAUGUUGAUGGUGCAUCCAAAGGGAGGUCUGUUUUGUCUGGUGGUGGGGUGGUAUUGAGGAAUCAAGAGGGGCAUGUAGUAUUUGCUGUUCUGACUGAGAGGACUACUGAUUUUUUGGUCAAUGGUGUUUUUCCACUUGCUGGGAGAUUGCUAUUGCAAAAGGAUCAGAGUUUGCUGCCUACAGUAAGAUUGAAGAGGUUUGUUAAUAGAGGUGCAUUGCCUUCUUUAUGA